UGUCUGGGCAGACUUAAGAUAACCGUAACUGAUUAAAUUGAUUUUUUGAUAUUGUUAAUCCCAAUCAAUAAGAAUUUUCUGACUUUCUUUAAAAGAGGAAAACUUAUUGUUCCAUUAUUUACACAUCAAAAGAACCUUGAUUUUGAGCCUCAGCGUUUGAAAAUAAUUAUUGCGUAAAAGUUAAAAGGUAUGGUGAAUCUGGUCGAUACACUUAUGAUAAAUACGGUGACGGAGGGAGCUAUGAAUAUUUUACGAAAUAUUGGAGUAUUUAAAAGUAAAUCUAUAGAAUCACCACCAGCCACCAUAAUCAUUAAAAUGCCACUUUGGGAAUUAGCACGACAGGCUGGACCCUUUGUAAGGAUAGCAGGCUUAAGUGGAGCUGCAGCUGUUGUUCUAGGUGCGAUGGGGGCUCAUCGCACUUUCUCAGAAACUGAGACUAAGGAAGACUUAAAGAAGAUAUUUGAAACUGCUAACAGAUUUCACUUUCUGCACACUUUAGCGUUAAUGACAGUCCCCUUGUGUAGGAGACCUUACAUUGCUGGUUCUUUCUUCAUUACUGGCAUGGGACUCUUUUGCGGCACAUGUUACUAUCACGCAUUUACAGGAGAGCGUGCACUUAGGAGACUCACACCCAUCGGAGGUUCCUGUCUAAUUCUUGGCUGGCUGGCUAUGGUAUUGUAAAAUAGCAAUUUUUGGUAGAUUUUCAUUCCUCAUUAUAGGGUAUAGGGUGUAGAAAAUAUAGCUUCAAUGCUUUAAUUGUAAUAUCUUAUAUUUAAUGUGUUAGUAGUUCAGUUUUUAGAGUAAGUUUUAAGUAUUGUUAUAAUAAAAUUUAUUUUUCACAUCACAUUUCUUGAAGGUGAAGAGAUAGAAAUUAUGUUUUUCAGUUUGAUAUCCUUAUAUUGCUCUGCUGUAAAUAGUUUUAUUAAAAGUUUAUCAAUACA